UCUAGCAGAAGUGCGGAUGUGAGUUGCAUAUUGAUACGGAACAGGCCGCCACUUUAUUUCUUUUAUAGCAAUGCGUGCCUAGGCAAUGAUCAUUUCGUGGAGCUAUGAAUCCAGAGGAGCAGACCGUAACGUGGUUGAUAUCACUCGGAGUGCUCAGCUCGCCUAAAAAGAACAUAGCGGACCCGGAGGAGUUUUUGAAAACCUCGCUGAAGGAUGGGGUCGUCCUGUGCAAGCUCACGGAGAGACUUAUACCUGGCUUUACUCCCAAGUAUUGCCAGGAUCCGAGAACUGAAGCCGACUGCAUUACCAACAUCAAGGAGUUUUUAAGAGGAUGCUCGUCUUUGAAAGUGGAGGGGUUUGAACCAGAGUGCUUAUACACUGGUGAGAAUUUUGGCAAGGUGCUGACCACUUUGAUGGCAGUCAACUUUGCCACACAAGACUGUGCUGCUGAGAGAUGUUCGCAGUCCGGUGCCCACUCUCCUAGUCAGUCGACAUCUUCACACACAUUCUCCUCUGCCAAAACCAAAGGCUCUCUGCGUAGACAAUCCAAAUCAGUGGAGAUGUCUGAGAACGGUGGAGGUGGGCAGCUGAUGGUGAAGGCUCGCUUCAACUUCAAGCAGAACAAUGAGGAUGAGCUGUCCUUCAAUAAAGGCGACUUGAUCCAUGUGAUGCGGCAGGAGGAGGGGGGGUGGUGGGAGGGCUCCCUCAACACCAAGACGGGCUGGUUUCCCAGCAACUACGUCCGGGAGAUCAAACCCUGCGAGAAGCCUGUGUCUCCUAAAGGAACUCAGCUGACCAAGAACUACUACAGUGUGGUUGUACAAGACAUCUUGGAACAUGAGCGGGAAUUUGUCAAAGAACUACAAACAGUGCUGAGCUGUUAUCUACGACCCCUGCAAGCCAGCGACAAGCUGAGCAGUGCAGACAGCGCCACCCUGUGUGGAAACCUGGAGGAGAUACUCACCUUCCAGCAGGGACUGUGUGCGGCUUUGGAGGACUGUACCAAAGUCUCUGAAGGCCAGCAGCGAGUGGCGGGCUGCUAUUUAAACCUGAUGUUUCAGAUCAAGACUCUGUAUCUGGCUUAUUGUUCCAGCCAUCCUUCAGCUGUUUGCAUCCUCACUGAUCACAGCGAGGAACUAGACAAGUUCAUGGAGAGCCAGGGAGCCAGCGCUCCGGGGAUCCUGGCUCUGACCACCAGCCUCAGUAAGCCCUUCAUGAGGCUCGACAAAUACCCCACGCUGCUGCAGGAGCUGGAGAGACAUGUGGAGGAAGCUCACCCAGACUAUGCUGACAUUGUGAAGGCAACAGCAACAUGCAGGAGCUUAGUGACACAAUGCCAGGAAUUGCGAAAGCGUAGGAACCUGGAGCUCCAGAUCUUGUCAGAGCCGGUGCGGGGCUGGGAGGGAGACAGCAUGAAGAGCCUCGGUCACGUGGCCUACAUGUCCCAGGUCCACGUCAAAAAUGGGUCCAGUGAGGAAAAAGAGGAGCGCUAUCUAAUGCUUUUCCCUAACAUGCUAGUCAUGCUUUCCGCCAGUCCCCGGAUGAGUGGCUUUAUUUAUCAGGGAAGACUGCCGCUGACCGGCACCACAGUCACAAGACAAGCAGAGGAUGCAGACAACGCCCACUAUGCCUUGGACAUCACAGGAAGUGUGAUCGAUCGUGUCACAGUGUUCUGCAGUAGUUCCCAGGAGUUACAAGAAUGGCUCGAUCAGCUUCAGCCCUUCACCAAAGGGGGCAGCCCUGCAGGCACAAUCUUGAAGACUGUCGAAGGCAAGCCACUGAGCAUGGUCGGCCCCCCCACUCACCUGUCCCACCUGGGCAGCCUCAGCGCCGUCAGCCGUGGUCCCCUGGAGCCCCCAAAGAUCAGCAAGCCCUGGUCCCUCAGCUGUCUGCGCCCCGCACCCCCCCUCAAACCCUCUGCUGCUCUGGGGUACAAAGAGAGGAUGUCUUAUAUCAUGAAGGACUCCAGUAAGAGUCCGCGGCCAAUGAAAAAGUUCCUGCCUGGCAACAGGAAGAAAGAGCGGAAGCCGUCUGAUGAUGAGGUUCACACGAGGAAAAGCACAGUGGCGCUGGAGGAGGACGCUCAGAUUCUGAGGGUGAUCGAGGCGUACUGCACCGGAGCCAGCCUGCUUCAGACAACCACGGGUGCUCGCUUAUCGGUGCGGAAAGAGUGCGUCCCUCAGGUGCUCCUGCCAGAGGAAGAGAAGAUCAUUGUGGAGGAGAUGAAGAGCAAUGGGCAGACCGUUAUUGAGGAAAAGAGCCUGGUCGAUGCUGUGUACGCUUUAAAGGAUGAGGUUCAUGAACUGAAAAAGGAGAAUAAGUGGAUGAAGCAGUUUCUGGAGGAGGAGCAGAAAUCUCGCAAGGAGCUGGAGAGAGUGGUUCGAAAACUGGCCAAGCAGAAGAACGAUUGUGCUUGGGACGACGGCGCCCACUGAACGCAUUCACACACUCAUCCUCAUCCCAGUGUGUGUGUGUGUGUGUACAUUUAUGUAAGCGUGCUUGUGGAGGGUCAGGUGUGCGCGUGUGUUUCUCUCUAUGUCGCAUCUCCCAUUUCACAGCAGUGAGUUUAAACCCCCCCCCCACCCACUCAAGACAAUGCUUGGAGUUGUUUUUGCUUCAAGUUCUGCUGGAGCUUGAUUUGACAUUUACAAUGAAAUCUGUCUUCCUGAUCUAGCCGCAGUACAUGAGACCACAGAUAUGCUUCUGCUUCUUCAUAAAGCAGCUCAGCUAAACAAAGACUGGCAGGGCGGGGUGUUUCAAACAUACUGCCUCUUGUCAACUGGCACUGUGAACCCCGACAAAUGGAACCAUUUUGGACAAGGACAAAAAGUACUUCUGCUGCUUCCUUUGCUUCAGUCUGAAAAAGAAAAGGAGUUCAGAGCCAUCAAGCCCAAUAGGAGUUCACUUGCAUGCACAAGGACUGUUUUUAUUCUCCUCAUACCACAACUUAUUUUGUCUUUGUCACAAGGACAAGCAGGAAAAUUGAUUGAUUGAUUUUUCAAAAGAAUGUGCGAUUGUUAUUUUUGUACAUUUACAUUGACAAUUUCCAGGCCUUUUUGGAGGUGUUUAAGCAAUUCAAACAGGUUAGAUCAUUAUGCUACAUUCAGGUUUUUAUCCAGAAUGCAGCCUUCAACUGUUCAUUUAAAAACUGCAUGUGGUUCUACAGUUUAAAUUCUGCAUCAGAAAUGUGAUAAUCAUGAUAUUCAGAUAUAUAGUCCAAAGCUAUCAUGGAUGCAGCUUCAUAUUAUAUAAUAGAAAAGGCUUCACUAUGUAUCAUUUAUAUACAAGAGUACACAAAUAUUGACAGAUGCCACCCUUGCUCUCUUUAAUAAAAUAUAUUCAAGUAUAAUUUGAACAUAAUUACAUAACCUUGCUUUAUUUUAAAGAGUAUUUAUUUUUCACCCAAGCAUUUAAUUGUGGUGUUAGCCUUAUAGAUAAAGUGUUGCUGCCUUUACACCCGUUUGGAAUUUUAUUAAACUUAAUUGAUACGUAAAUGCAGGAAAAAUAACACUUGUUUUGGCCAAGGGAAAUGGUCAUUUUUCAUCACAAAAAAGGAAAAAUGACAAAAAAUGACUAAUAAUGAGUCUGACCGUGGAUUUCAGAGAGCAGCCUGUUUGUGGCCUGUUAACAUAGAGCUGAUAACAACAGGAAAUACAAAGAGAGAUUUAUUUGUGGGUGUAGAGCUCAACUGUUUAAGUGCCUCCCGAAGGGGUCCAUAAACUAAAGUUUAGGACCAGACUGGGACUAAAUGCAUGAUUUAUAUUGAAAGUGUCACAGGUGGUUUGUUGUAAUAUUUCAAUAAGAAUGUCUGAAGCUUAAUGGGAAUAUAUUGGGUCUGAAAAACAUGCAGGGCUUUGCAUGCUUUUUUGAGAUACAGCAUCUUCACAAAGACCCACAGCGGUACAUUUCCUCAUGAGUUUGAGUGUGUGCUCUGUUAUCUUCUCUCGCUGCAGUGGAUGCUAAAGAUGCAAUAAGUGACUGCUUUACUGACCGACCUCUGGGUAAGUGCCAGCAUGGUAGGCCAGAUUUGGAGAAAUUGCAAUAACAAUGAAUGAAUUAACCCAAUUUAUUAACCAAAAAGAGCCAGACUGUGUUGUUAAGCCACCACACAGGUAGGCGUUCAUUAUCUGCCUUUAUUUAAUCAAGUCUGUUGGUAUUGAUGAUUGUUUUUUUGCUCAUGUCCAGGUCCCAAUUUUUAUCCCCAAUGAUCCAAAAUGUAAUAAUAUUGUAAUACUGUACAAUCCCUGUUGGGAAGUGCCGAGCUGGGAGGUCAGAGCAGUGUGUAGGGUACCAGGCAGCCCCUCUUACAUCUGCAGCACAGUCAGUGUUUUGCUCAAGGGCACUUUCCUCAGCAAGGGAAAAAAGCUGAUCUUGAAUAGUUGUUCUCAAUAGGAAGCCCAGUUGGCAGCCAGAUUCUCUCCAGCGUUACGGAGACUCUGCUUCCUGUAGAGAUGUUUGCCCGUCUUAUAUGUUCACUUUUAUGAUUAACAUUGCUGUUCUGCACCCUAAAUAGUUUUCGUCAAGUACCACAUACUGUCUUUUUUUCAAUUCCCAAAAGCCUCAGCGAGCACUUACUGGUGGUAGGGGGUUGAACUUCGGUUUCAUCUUGUUAAUCUCCAGACCAUUGUGUGUAUUGUUUUUUUAAAGGUUCUAUGCAAUCAUUGUUGUUGCAAGUAUUGUUAUGUUUUUUUUCUAGACACUCUGUACUUUGUGUUUGGUAUGGUCAUUCUUUUAUUAAAAUUGUAAUAUAAUA